AUGGACAAUUCAAAGGAGAUCGAAGAUGAGUAAGUCCAUACGUAAAUACUUCCAGGACUCCAGAAAACGUUUUGGUUUCCGUUUUGUCUACUUUUGAGAUAUUGUAGACUGAGUUUUUAUUUUGGCCUAGUAUAACAUAAUUUUUAUUGCAGAUUACAAGUUUCGGCGACUCAGGAGGAUGAGGAAACGUUCGACGUGUUGCCCGAUAUGACGCCAGCCCAAUUACGUAUGUUUCUUGCCACACCUUCGACCGGUGAAAGCAAAGGAAUCUCUGGAAGUGAAACGGGGACAAGUCCAACGACGUUGCCGCCGAUGGCCAAGGCAAAAACUCACGCCAAUACUAAUGAAGUGGGUUGGGAGACACUUUUGUUUUAUAAUUCAUGUUCUAUCAGAGAAAAUAGGACCGAACUUAUACAACUUUAGGAGACGGUCAGAACUGAAGAUAAUGUAUUCCAUACAGAAGUCAGCGUCACGGAAGAAGAAGCCAAGGCCGCCACGAAGUCUCCGAACCCCUUAUCUGUGAGGCAGAAGAGUCCGAGCAAGGUCAAGAAGGAUUCUGCGAAACAGGUAUGAUCUUGUCCGUGGAUAAUAUAAUUUAAAUUUUGAAGUUAAUUUUCAAAUCGCCGACUCCAAUCGAUUGUUCGAAUAAGCGGAAGAAAGGAGUUAAUCGGACAUUGAAGACCUGUGAAUCUUUGAAUCCACCAUCUCCAAUAUCUAGAAAAGCGCCUCGGGCUAAAGUCAGAACGAGGAGGAAGACGGAGGCGACCAGCGAACUGCCCAGGAAGAAGCCACGUGAACCGAUUAAGCCGAAGGAGAUCAGAAGGACGUUCCGGACCGCAUUCGCCGAAGAUAAAACAUUUAUCAGCACAGAGGAAGCAUUUGUAAGCAGGGAUAAUAGAUUUUGAUUUUGAAAAAUUUUUUGAUAGCCUUAUCUCGUAAGGUAUUUUUAGACUGAGUACGAGAUUGUGGAUGCAAAGAUUCGCCCGUUCGUCUUCAAAGAUAGCAAACGUUGGGUGAGGAAGCAGACAAUCAACUUGAACAGAGUGAGUCCUUGCUUAUUUGAAUUGAUUGUUGGUUCAGAAAAAGCCUCUUGGAAUAGCCAGUGAUGAGAUCGGAUCGAUGCGAGAACGACGAGUCCAGACGCCAUCAAAGGUAAUAUUUUAAACUUAUUCUGAUGGUAUAUUUGAUAUCCAAUUUCAGGAAUUUAUUGGCCAAACCUCGGCUGAAAAACCGCGAUCACAACGCGAGAUCCCCCUUGAAUUCAAAAAGUGCAAACCAUUCAAGAAAACGGCCAGAAAAAGUUCGGACAAAAGAGACAUUUCCGUGGAAGUCCGAGAAGAAAAUGUGAAUCAGAGGAAAGUAAAGGGCUCCAGAUACUGGUUCUUCGGGAGGAACAAAGCCAAAAUGUAGGUGGAACUGGCUUGUUUAUGUGAUCUUAGCUCCGAAAAAAGUGACUCCCAGGUCGGCUCCAGCACCAGUGGCCAAACUUCCAGCACCACAAGUGCCUCCAAGUUUUCCUCAUCGACAAAUUGA